AUUUGUUAACUACACUGGCAGCGAUUCUGACAUGCUGAAGGAGGCUGGCGUUAUAGCCGCUUUCGGUGCCGGCUUUUGUCUUGUCGCUUACUGCAUUUAUUUUGAUCACAAAAGGCGGAGUCAUCCUGAUUUUAGAGCAAAGCUUAUAAAAAAAAGAAGACAACAGGCACUUGCUGCUAAAAAGACAAUUGAUUUACCUUGUCUUUCUGAUCAGAAUGCAGUUCAACGUUUCUUCCUUGAACAGGUCCAAAGCGGUGAGGUCGCUUUAAAUAUGGGGGCCAUCGAAGAGGGCGUUCAGCAUUUUGCACUUGCCGCUGCUGUAUGUGGUCAACCUGGCCAUCUCCUUCAACUCUUGAGGACCACUCUCCCACCUCCUGUAUUUUCUCUCCUUGCUAAAGCGUUGCCUGAUGCACGUGCACAAGUCGCUGCAGCGUAUACUCAAAAAGAUAUCGAGGAAGAGCUUGAGUGA